AUGGAUUUAGGUUCAAUUCCACAUGGAAAAUUUUUAACAUUUUGUAUUAAAUUAAAUCAAUUAAUAACAACAAGUCAAAACUAUCCACUAUCAAUUAUAGCUCAUGAUAAACACAGAUUUAAUUUGAUAUUAGAAGAUGAUUUAUUUAAAAAUAAAUUUUCUAAAUUAAAAUCAUUAACAUUAUCAAACAUAGAUGCUAAAACUAUAUAUUCUCUGAUAUUUGAUAAAACAACAAAAUUAAAUCAAAGCUUAGAACGAUUAAGUUUCCUAGAUGAAAUCAGUAGAGAAAUUGAAGCAAGCAAUGACAUAAAACGCUUAUGUGGCAGUUUGAUAUCAUCAAAAAUGAAAUCAUUAAAAUAUUUGAAAUUGAAUUUUAUACCAUAUUCGACUUGGACUGGAUGUGAAUGUGGUUGGCAUACAUGUUCAGAUUACAUUUAUUUAGAAUUUGUUAAAUUAGCAGAAAGAGAAACAUCAUUAAAUAUAUCUAAUCGUUAUUAUGCUACAACAACAAUAUAUUUUCAUACAUUGAUAACAGAUUUAUUACCAUGUCUACCAAAAUUAAAAAAUUUACUUAUAAAUGCAAUUCAUUUUGAAGAUUACGAAUGGCGCCAACGACAUAAGGCAUUAUCAGCUACAACAACAAAUUCAAUUUUAUCAUUAAAUUUAAAAGUAAUUAAAGUCUGGAUUAAUAGUGACUAUGAUGUCGGAAAUAAUAUGGAAAAAUAUAUAAAUUUAGUACGAAAUUUCUUUAUAAAUAACACCUCGUCUCACGUUGCAACAAUUAAAAUAUUUAAAAUUAACAAUGUAAAUGUUUUGUAG